AUGGCGAUGACCCGCAACAAAAACAAAAACAAAAACAAAACCACCCGGUCCACGAAGCUCAAUACAACUUCCACCGACUCCACCUACGACCGUGCCUCUCGCGAGGUCGUAAUAUGGGAUACGGCAGAGCCGACCCGGUCGAGGGACAGCUCUGCCACACGUCCCAGAAGCAGCGGCAGCAGCAGCCCAUCGGACUCCUCCUCACUCCGCACGGCCAGCCGCAGCAGCCGCUCUGAGAAACCAAGCGGGCGGCGCAGGCGCAGAUCCGUCCCGCCGAAGGGAUCCAGCGUGGCGCCCACCGUCGGGUCGAGAGGAUCGACCGGGGCUGCGGCGGCGGGGUCGGACUCGGGCUCGGGCUCGGGCCCGGGCCGUACCUCGGCCCCGUCGCCCUCGGCGCGCGGUUCCGGCUCGGGCGGGCUGAGCUUGACCGAGACCAACGUGAGGCGGACCUCGGACUUUUAUGAGUAUCUGAAGGGAGAAAGAGAUAAGGCCGGGGAGAUGGCAGGGCCGUCGGGCAGGACGGCUUUUCUUCUUGACACGCUGGUUGAUGUUGACAGCAAGUUGAGUGGUGAGCGGUGGUGA